AGAGAUAGAAGAGAAGCGUGCCAAAUAUCAAAACGAGUAGAAGACGCGUCGUUUGACGUUGAAACAGUAGCAAAGUACUAAUUCCAUCUGGCAUACUGUUAGUCUGUUAUUUUUUUUCUAGUUGGUUGGUUUCCCUCAUUCCCCCAAUAAUUACUUUCCACAUACACCAUUUUUGUAUUACAAGCCGCCGAACACGGCAACAACGCCAAUGGAACUUUACUUUGUUCCGACACUGCAGUAGUUGAAUCGAAUCUACCUUGAACUGUGCUGGAUCUAUUUCUUUCUUUCACUUCAACUCAAGUCCUUAGGCUACCCAAUUAAUGGAUCCGAGAGCUGUACUGAUAUUAGUGGCGAUUCUAGUUGCGGAAAUUGGUUGCAUUGCCAACGGAAAUUUUGUGUUCCCGGUGGAGCGGCGGAAAAGGAGCUUAAACGCUGUCAAAGCUCACGACGCUCGCCGUCGGGGUCGAAUUCUCUCCGCCGUGGAUCUCAACCUCGGCGGCAAUGGUCUCCCCACCGAAACCGGUUUGUAUUUUACGAAACUUGGGCUUGGCUCUCCUCCGAAGGAUUAUUAUGUGCAAGUUGAUACAGGAAGUGACAUUCUGUGGGUGAAUUGUGUUAAGUGCUCCAGAUGUCCCAGGAAAAGCGAUCUUGGUAUAGAUUUGACUCUUUAUGACCCGAAGGGCUCGGAAACUUCAGAGUUGAUUUCUUGUGACCAAGAGUUUUGCUCUGCCACUUAUGACGGUCCAAUUCCUGGUUGCAAGUCUGAAAUUCCAUGCCCCUACAGCAUAACUUACGGAGACGGAAGUGCGACUACUGGAUACUAUGUCCAGGAUUAUCUUACUUAUAACCAUGUCAAUGGCAAUCUUCGUACAGCACCACAAAAUAGCAGCAUCAUUUUUGGGUGUGGUGCUGUACAAUCUGGGACAUUGAGUUCAUCUUCUGAAGAAGCCCUUGAUGGAAUAAUUGGUUUUGGACAAUCAAAUUCUUCUGUGCUUUCACAGCUUGCUGCAUCUGGAAAGGUGAAAAAAAUAUUUUCACACUGCCUUGACAAUAUUCGUGGUGGUGGAAUAUUUGCCAUAGGGGAAGUGGUGGAACCAAAAGUCAGUACAACUCCAUUGGUACCAAGAAUGGCACACUACAACGUGGUUUUGAAGAGUAUUGAGGUUGAUACAGAUAUUCUACAGCUUCCCUCAGAUAUAUUUGAUUCUGGAAAUGGGAAGGGGACAAUAAUAGAUAGUGGAACAACCUUGGCUUAUCUUCCUGCCAUAGUUUAUGAUGAACUGAUUCCAAAGGUUAUGGCCCGGCAGCCUCGACUGAAAUUAUAUCUUGUUGAGCAACAAUUUAGUUGUUUUCAGUAUACUGGAAAUGUUGAUCGUGGAUUUCCAGUUGUCAAGCUUCAUUUUGAAGAUUCUCUAUCACUGACAGUUUAUCCUCAUGACUACCUGUUCCAGUUUAAAGAUGGUAUCUGGUGUAUUGGCUGGCAGAAAAGUGUGGCACAAACAAAGAAUGGAAAGGACAUGACCCUUCUUGGAGAUUUGGUGCUAUCAAACAAACUAGUGAUAUAUGAUCUUGAAAAUAUGGCCAUUGGAUGGACUGACUACAAUUGCUCUUCCAGCAUUAAAGUGAAGGAUGAAGCGACUGGAAUAGUACAUACAGUGGGUGCACACAAUAUUUCUUCAGCUACUACCUUAUUUAUGGGAAGAAUAUUGACUUUCUUUUUGUUGCUAACUACCAUGCUAAACAAUUAAAUUAACUUGGUCUUGAUAUAAUAAGUAUGUCAUUCAUUCAAUUUUGUUGUACCAUAAUUCCUUGAAUGAUAAGGUGUGCAGUGUGGUUGGUAUGGUAUAGUCAAUCAUUACUCGUGUAGAUAGAAUUGAGUCAAUUGACAAAGGGGCAAAUAUAUUUUUUUUCAGUAUUUUUUUGUAUUAUUUUUCAAAUUGAUUUCCUAAUGAAUGUAUUGCCUUGACAUUUUAUGACGAUGACGA